UCUGGCCUUUUUCUACGACCCCUCGCUCCCUCCAUCAUCCCUUUUCUCUCUCCAUUUCACCCCCGAAAACAAAAAAGGUGUAUGUAAAUCUCCGCUUCUAGGGUUAGGGUUUAUUGGAGGCGCCCCUCUCCGCUUCCGAACUGGGGCAAUCAUGGUGCGGGGAAUCGCUGCGGCGGCGCCAAAAUCCCGUCCUUUCGUUAACCCUAGUCCCCGCUUCGAGGAGCUCUUCGAGCUCGACAUGGCUUGAGCUCCGCCUCUUUUCCCCGUUUCCGGCAGCAGUUUUAAAGCCAGCAGUUCCAGCACGGAGAUGAUAUCUUCUUCUGAUUCUGCAACUACCGAGACAUACAUGAUACCUGGUAUUGCUGGCAAUCCAAAUGUAGCUUUUGCUCCAUCUCCUGGAGUAAUCGAACAUAAUACGAGUAAUGAAGUGCCGUCAGAGUACCUCAUCAAUCAGGGCUUAUCCUAUCCUCCUGCAAACAACUACGGUUAUUAUUAUACAGCAUAUCAAACAGGAUUUGAGCCACCUGGUGAAUGGGGCGACCACUGUAGUUUUUUCGGGUUCGCUGGUCAAAAUCACCCUUACUCGGGUUUGCAAGGUGAAGGUUCACCAUAUGUAUAUUACACACCUGUAUAUGGAUAUGCGCAUUCCUCCCCGGACCAGUAUGGUCCUGUGAUGCCGGGCGGGCUUGUGGGCCCGGAUGGCACACUUGUAGGAACCCAACAGUAUAUUACUAGUCCAACAUACCAACCUCCCAUUUCUCCAUCUGCUUAUGUGCCAGUUAUUGUCCAGCCUAUCUACGAUCAUCAUCUGGCCCCUAGUAAAGUUGCAUCCACUGCGAGUAGACCUUCCAAUAUCGGGAAAAAAAGCGGAUCUCAAGCAUCAGUAAAUGCUGCUUUUUCUCGUCAAACAACUGCCUCUGCUAGUACAGUUACGGGAGCUUCUCAGUCAUCCAAUCAGGGUCAAAGUACAACGAAAUCGUCAGACGGCCAAAACCAGGAUGAAAAUUCUGCUAAGGAGCCACAAGCAAUAGAUCAUGUCUCCCAUGGGAGGAUGCCUUCUUCUCUGAAUCCUGUGAAAAUUACUGUGCCUUCCAAUAGUAACUUAACAAACUUUGGAAGGAAUGCAAGUGGGCAGUUUAGUGGGAAUACAAAUCAAAAUGUAUUAAUUGAACAGAACAGGGGACCAAGAACAAACAAGUCGAAAGAAUCAUCUACUUCUGCUGUGAACGGAAUUGAUGAGGCAAAAGCAGCUUCUGGGAAUCCCAAAGAAAGCAUUCUUAUUUCGACCGACCAUUAUAACUUAGAUGACUUUCCAGUUGACUACCCGGUUGCGAAAUUUUUUGUUAUUAAAUCUUAUAGUGAGGACGAUGUACACAAGAGUAUCAAGUAUAGUGUUUGGUCAAGUACUGUAAGUGGUAAUCGGAAGCUGGAAUGUGCCUUUGAAGAUGCACGAAAAAGAUCUGCAGGAAAGACAAGAAACUGCCCUGUUUUUCUCUUCUUUUCUGUUAAUGCAAGCGGGCAGUUUUGUGGCGUUGCUGAGAUGGUUGGUCCUGUUGAUUUUCAUACAGACAUGGACUUCUGGCAGCAAGAUAAAUGGUCGGGUUGCUUCCCCGUUAAAUGGCACAUAAUUAAGGAUGUGUCCAACGCUAAACUUCGACACAUUAUAUUAGAGAACAAUGAGAACAAGCCUGUAACUAAUAGCAGAGAUACACAAGAGAUACCAUACAAUACAGGCAUAAACAUGCUGAAAAUAUUUAAGACCAGUCCUUUGACGACAUCUGUCCUCGAUGACUUUGCGUUCUAUGAGGAGCGGCAGAAAGUGAUGAUGGAAGAGAAAUGCAGGCGCUUAGGAAGAAGCUUCGAUGCGGCUCUUUACGUACCUGCAUUUGUUUCUAUGAGCAAGGCUGAUUUGACAGUCCAUCAAUCUGCAAAAGAAAACCAACUUAAUGGCAAAGAUCUAGCUUCUGGAAAAGCUGAAAAAGAUGGCGUUCAUGUGGUAGAUCAGCCCUCAAAGGCUUUUGGGAACGGAAAACAACCAAAUGGUUCAAAUAAGCCUACAAAAGCUAAUGGGAAACAAUUGAAGGGUAAAAAUGAGAAAAAUGAAGAGAGCUCCAACUCCAAGACAAAGGAUGCCAAGGAUUUAGAUAAUAGCGGCCUUUCCGAAAAAUUUGAUGCCUGCGUAUCAUUAGAUGGUAAAGAGGGGAAAUCUGAGAUAGCUGAUGAAGCAAAAGCUACAAAAUCGACAAAGAAGAAUACAUCUUUUGUCAAUGAUCAAAAAGAAGCUGAAGUCAAAAGCCCAAGCAAUACAUCGAUAGGGAAUACUCCUAUCAAUGUUGUCAAAGUUGGGUCAGUUCACAUCAAGGUAACUGGUAUGGUUUAAUCCUUCUCGAAGGUUGUGAGUGUAGAGAACAGCCCCUGAUCAAGCAAUUCGCAUAAAGAUUAUUGAUUGUGGGUACGAUACUGAAUUUUUUUAGCUUUAACUUUUCCAUACAUUGCCGCCCGAGGUUGGGAACGGCUUACAGGAAAUUUAUCUUCUUUCUGUUUCUGAUUCAACCCGCCAGGUCAACUUUUGUUGGUGGAAACUAAAAUUUGCACUUUGUUUUGUGCUCUUGGAAAUUGGUUAUAGAGGGGGUGGGGAAUUCUUUCUCGAGUUGUUGCUGAGAUUUAUUUUGGAAUCUGACAAAGUUGUAAUCUUUAUCCUUUUCUUCAUGAUACUAAUGGAUCGAAUAUAGAUUGUGUUUUUACCGGACU